AGAAGUCGGGUCAUAACAGUGAAGCUAAAGUCAUGUUUAAUGUUAAAAUGGCUUCGACAACUAACUUCAUGAAGUUUCUUCCUCUUGUGUGCCUCCUCGCUCGGUCUGGACAAACGUUUGGGGAUGAACAAGGGUCGGGUGUCGUCAGAGUGGUUGUGAAAGAAGGGAGUGACGCCAUUUUACCCUGUUCACUCAGCAACAAGCAGAACGCUGAGGAGAAACUCUUUGACUGGAAGAAAGAUGGUCAGAAGGAGAUUUUCUUCUAUGAUGCAGGAAUUCAUUCUAAUAACGGCCGUCCAGGUCAAGAUCAGCAGUUCAAAGGUCGCGUCUCACAUUUUCAAGAUGAGCUGAAGUACGGCAACGCCUCCAUCAUCAUCAGAAAUACGACGGUGGCCGACAGAGGAGACUACACCUGUGAUUUUCCACAUGUUCAGCCAAGACAGAUAUUCCACAUUCAGCUUGUUGUUGUUGACCUCACCUUUAAAGACCGAUCAGGAGAAAUCCCAGGAGCAUCUGCAAAGCCGUGCAUCUGUACACUUAAUCAAACGAAGGACUGGGCCCUGCUGCAGUGUGAAGUUCUUGGUGCUUUUCCUAAACCUACAGUAGAGUGGCAGGACAGUGCUGCAAACAAACUUCUUGCUGAGGAGCCACAGGUCUCAGAAAGAGGAGGCAGCUUCUACAUCAUCCUCCAAACUACUGUGAUGAAGACCGACCGCUAUCGCUGUGUAGCCACACAGGAGGAGAUCAAACAUCAGAUUUAUGCUGAGACCUUCGUGUUUAUCAGUGAGAAACUGUUUGAGGACACAAGCAGCAGAGGGGACGUCACAGGAUGGUUUGGUGGAAUCGUUUUAGGAGCUGUAAUUCUUGCUGCAGUUCAAGCUUUGCUAGUAGCUACAAAGCGCAUCACAGUACGCUGUAAUAAAGGAGCAACUGAAGAGAGAGAGGAAACCAGGGAGAGACAUGAUGACAUUGAGCAGAGCAUCUGAACCUGUGUAAUCCAACCUUAGCGCUCCACCAGGUUCUUGUGAGCAGAAGCACGGUCAAUGUAAAGAUCCUUCAGAGGUGCUUUUAAGGUGUGUGUGUGUGUGUGUGUGUGUGUGUGUGUGUGUGUGUGUGUGUGUGUGUGAAUGGAUCAUGCAUAUUAGUUG